AUGGCCGCCACUGCGACCACUCGCUUCAACUUGGACGAGGCAGGUCGCGCUUCAGACGUUGUGCUUGCUCUGUCCGUUGACUCUGCCCUCUUCCCCCACCCCGGGCAAAACACAUACAGGAGGUGCGCUUAGCGACGACCAAUGCCGACCGCGAGCGCAUCGACGAGCUCGCGACCCUCUACGGCAUCAUCGUACAGCUCGACUACCUCGAGAAGGCCUACGUCCGCGACUCGAUCACCCAGGCACAGUCCGUCGUCGUUCCCGUCGGCUUGCGGGUCCUCAGCGCUCACCCGUCUCAUCCCCCACUCGACAGGUACACCCCUGCUUGCUCGAGGCUGAUGGCCCAGUACAAGACCAUUCUCAAACUCGUCGGAGAUGCCGUGCCCACCAUCGAGGCGUUCAUGCUCGAUUACAGGGUCAGCCACCCACCCCCACGCUCUGGGUUCGGCUACCCCCACUUGGGCUCUGAUUACGUUGGCGUUCCUGGACAGAUGGACUGCACCGCCGCCGCUCAUCGCUUACGAGUCGGUGUACCCGCCACAAUCGAACAUGCUUCCGAAGAAGGGGUGGAGACCGCUCAACACGUCGCAGAAGUCACCGGCGUACGUUUCCAUCGACGAGAUCGGCCGUCGAGCCCAGCCCAACCUCGCGCAAUUCUGACCUGGCCUGACCCUCUCAUCACACAGGCGUUCAUUACCCUCAUGGACGGUGUCAAGCUCAACCUCCGGUCCAAAGAUCAGAUUCAUCCUCUCUUGACCGAUCUCAUGAGUGGCUACACGAGGUUCAAGAAUUCGAGCCAGUGGGAAGGGAGGCCCAAGCUGUUGAGCUGGUACGUCCUAGGAACUGUUUGAGCAAAAUUGACCUGUGGCUCAUGCUGCACAAUGGUGCGAACCAGGAUGAUCUCGUUGAACCAGAUGCGUGCGAGCGAGACCAUCACUGAAGAACAGGCAAGAGAUGUGAGUCAGAUCGACUAAAGGCGGUGCGGCUUCGCGAUGGAGGUCCUGACCCGGAGUUGUCGAAUCUUUACAGCUCAUGUUCGAUGUCGAACAAGCGUACAGCGAGUUAGUGCUCUCUCGCUUGCUCACCUCGACGGACGAAAUCGCGGAACGCUGA